AUGGUGAACCCCUUCAUACUGAUACUCAGCUGGACUGUGUUUGUGGAGGUUGGGAGAGCUCAGAAUGACACGGAGCCGAUCGUCCUGGAGGGCAAAUGCCUCGUCGUCUGCGACUCUAACCCGACCACGGACUGGAAGGCUUCGUCCUCUCCACUCGGUAUCUCAGUGCGAGCCGCCAACUCCAAGGUGGCUUUCUCUGCAGUCCGGAGCAACAACCAUGAGCCGUCGGAGAUGAGCAACAAAACAAGAAUCAUCUACUUCGAUCAGGUUCUUGUGAAUAUAGGAAACUACUUCACAUUCGAAUCAGUAUUUUUGUCCCCAAGAAAAGGAAUCUACAGUUUUAACUUCCAUGUCAUUAAAGUGUACCAGAGCCAAACCAUACAGGUGAACUUGAUGUUGAAUGGGAAACCAGUCAUCUCUGCUUUUGCGGGUGACAAAGAUGUAACUCGUGAGGCGGCCACCAAUGGAGUUCUGCUCUAUCUAGAAAAAGAGGACAAAGUCUACCUAAAGCUGGAGAAGGGAAACCUAGUUGGUGGAUGGCAAUACUCAACGUUUUCUGGCUUUCUUGUGUUCCCUCUGUAA